AUGCCAAGAUACGGACAAUUAGUGAUAGGGCCUGCGGGAUGUGGUAAGUCGACGUACUGCGCCACCAUUCAGAGGCACUGCGAAACUGUUCGACGACCCUGUCGAGUGGUCAACCUUGAUCCUGCAGCUGAAUAUUUCGGGUACAUUCCGUCGGCCGACAUUCGCGACCUCAUCCAAGUAGAACACGCAAUCAACGUUGCACAAUUUGUCGAUGAUACAAUGCAAGAUGACGAACUCGGUCUGGGACCUAACGGUGGCCUCAUUUUCUGCAUGGAGUACCUUUGUCAGAAUCUCAACUGGCUUGAUGAAGCCCUUGGUGAAGACGAGUUGGAUUACAUCCUCUUUGACUGUCCGGGCCAGAUAGAGCUGUACUCUCACCUCUCAGUUUUUCCCCGAUUGGUGGAGUAUCUCUGUCAGAAGUGGGACUUUCACAUCGUUAGCGUGUUCAUACUCGAUGCUCGCUUUCUCGUGGAUGGAUCUCACUUCCUCUCGGGUAUUCUCUCUGCCCUUUCUGCAAUGGUGUGUCUCGGAACGCCCCACGUCAAUGUCAUGACAAAACUGGAUAUGCUGUCUGAAAAUAAGCAAAAACUGGUUAGUUCCCGAUAUCUCCAGCCAGAAUUGGACGAACUCUGCGAGACAUCGGGUGACGAGGAAAUCGAUGGGAAGGCUGCAUCUCCUCGCAAGUAUUCUCGCCUUACACGGAUUUUGGCUGGUGUAGUGGAGCGCUACAGCCUUGUCCAAUUUCAGCCUCUUAAUAGAGACAAGGAGGAGACAAUCGAGGAUCUUCUUUUCCAAAUAGACCAGUGUCUUCAAUAUGGCGAAGACAAUGAACCCAUGAAUCGGUUCUUCGAUCAGACAGAGCGGGACCUGGCUGGUGAUGAAACUGACAAUGUAGACGAUGUCUAA